AUGGUGUAUCCAAAAGUUUCGAUUGCAAAUCUGGAGGAUGUCUUGCAGCACGACAUCAAAGUCAAAGUGGCCGGAAUCGAUGCCGAUGGCGUACUCCGCGGAAAGAUCAUGUCCAAAACAAAAUUUCUUGCCGCAGUUUCCAAAGGCUUUGGCAUGAGUUCCGCAAUAUUCUGCUGGGACAUGCAUGAUGAAACUUACAACAUUGGCGACGUCCAGCCUUCGGAGGCCCCGGGCUACGGUGACUUUGUAGCUGUUCCCGAUCUGACGAGUUUUCGCCGGUCCAAAUGGGAUGAUGGCCUUCCUCUAGUUUUACUGGAUUUUUACAACAAUGAUGGUAUGAGAUUUCCAGCUUGCCCGAGAGGCCUCCUGAAGACUAUUCUCGCCCGUCUGCAGCACGAAGAUGCUCAGGCACAUGCCGGCGUGGAACUGGAAUUCUUCAAUUACUGCACGCCUACAGAUGCGACGCCAGAAUCUAAGCUCGCAAAGCCCGGUCGCAUUGCUUCCUUCCUCAAAGAUAACCCUCCGAGCAAGCUUGUACCUUUGACAGAUGGCAUGUUUGGGCUCUACAAGUCUGCCCAGCCGACCAAAUGGCCGACAGAGUAUCUCACCAAAUCCCUCGGCGCCCUCCACGGCAUCACCCCCUCCUUCAUGGCGAAGCCCUCCGCCUCCCUCCCCGGCAACUCCGGCCACAUCCACCUGUCCCUCACAUCCCUCAGCACCGGCACCAACCUCUUCGCAGCAACCUCCUCUCAUCCUCCCCCCUCCUCCUCUUCCUCCUCCUCUCCCUCCCCCUACCCCGACCUCGCCACCCUCUCCCCGCUCGGCCAGCACUUCCUCGCCGGCCUCCUCGCGGCCCUGCCCGACAUCAUGCCGCUGCUCGCGCCGACCGUCAACUCGUACAAACGCCUCGUGCCCAACUACUGGGCGCCGACGCGCGUGUCGUACGGCCUCGAGGACCGGCGCGCCGCGGUGCGCGUCGUCGCGCCGCCGCACUGCGAGCCCGCCGCCACGCGCUUCGAGGUGCGCGUGCCGGGCGCGGACGCGCAUCCGCAUUACGCCAUCGCGGCGUGUGUGGGGGCGGGGUGGCGCGGGGUAGAAGGGCGGAUGGAGGUGGGGAUGGCGCCGCUGGGUAAGGAGGAGGAUGAGGGGGAGGGUGGAGGGAAGGCGUUGCCGGGGAGUUUGGAGGAGGCGACGAGGAGGUUUAAGGCGGAGGGGAGUGUGGCGAGGGAGAUUUUUGGGGACGGGUUUGUGGAGUUUUAUGCGAGGACGAGGGAGCAUGAGGUUGGGUUGUAUAGGCAGGCUGUUACUGAUUGGGAAGUUCAAAGAUACAUAGAGAUAGUUUGA